UUCUUUCUUUUUUUCUUUCUUUCUUUCUUUCGCUCGCUCGCUCGCUCGUACACGUUGCCAUACAUCAUAGGCACACUCGGCGCUAGAUUGGCCCUGGUACAGCUUGUAAUUCAUCAUGUCCCAGCAGCAACGACGCACAACCCGAGCGAUUAAGUCCGCUCGCGCCCCCCUUUCGCCGAGAGAGAGAGAGAGAGAGAGAGAAUCAACAGGGCGAAGACGACGGAAAUAGGGGGGUGUGCGAGGGCCCGUAUACGACCCCCUAGGCAAUGCUUAUUUCGCCAUCAGGAGGAGGAGAGAGAGGAAAUCGCAUACAUAUCGACCAGGCGGCCGAAAUGAAAAUCCUCGAUCUGCCCCCUAGGGGGCCUCGCGGAAAAUCGUCCUCGUUACUCCCGAUCACUCUCAUUUUUGACCCCAGCAGCAGCAGCAGCAGCAGCAGCACACGCACUCUACGAGCUGCUCGUCGUAAACAAGAGAACGACGACGACUACGGCGGUGGAGAGAGGCAGGACCGUUCGGAGUCUGCGCAUCAGGCUCGGAACGGCGCUCUGGCGGCCGAGCAGGAGCUCAGUGUUACGAUCGCCGCCAGUAGCAUCCCGCCGGCGCUCGAGCCGAGUCCUCUCACUCCCUCUGUUCUCGCGCGAGUGUGUACACACACACACACACAUACACAAGUCGUCAGCUCGCGGCAGGGCGCUUAUAUCCGGACGAGUGAGCGCACGCAGACGGAGGGACAAGUGGUUCGAGUCGACGGCAGGCCAGCCGCACGUACGUAUCCUCGAGGCCGCGCAACCCGAUUUCCCAUACCAUCACGAGGAUGCGGAUCUGGCAGCAGUGAACAGCCGCAGGAGCGCAGCUGCAGCCUCCCAGGAUGGCAGCCCACAGGCCCGUUUUCCUGGGCAUCUGGGGCGUCUUCGUUCUCGUCCUCAUCCAAGAUCCAGAUAUUCGGCUUCAACUCGCACCUCUACAACAAUUUCUCGGACGCCCUUCAUCGAGCCCAAGGCAUCGUCGCCGUCUCCCUCCUGCUGCAGGUGGGCGAUCUCUCGAACCCCGAGGUGAGGCUCUUCACCGAGCACCUCGACAAAAUCACCUACGGAGGUCAGUCGAUGGAAAUCAAGCGUUUCGGGGUGCGCGAACUGCUGCCCGACACGAUGCACUACAUGACCUACGACGGCUCGACGACGAUGCCCGCCUGCCACGAGACCACCACGUGGAUCAUCCUCAACAAGCCGAUAUACAUAACGAAGCAGCAGCUGCGCAGUCUGAGGGAACUGAGGCAGGGCGACAUGCGGCACCCGAAGGCGCCCCUGGGAAACAACUUCCGGCCGCCCCAGCCUCUCCAUCAUCGUCCCGUCAGGACGAACAUCGAUUUCAACUCCGAGCACGGCCCGAAAAACUGCCCAACCAUGAACAGAGACAUUUAUUACAAAGCCAAUAGCUGGAAAUAAAGCCCCGAGGAAACCCCAGGAAUGCUUCGAUCGAAACAGAGAGAAAGAGAGAGAGAGAGAGAGCUAUGGGAGAAUUCGCUGCGCUUCCCUGCCGCCAACGUCGCUGCAAUGAAAAAUUGAAAAAAAAAAUAAACGUAAAUAAAUCAUAACGUAGGCGAGCAAAGAAAAUAAAAAAUUAAUAAACGAGAAGCACAAUCGACAUAUCAAGAUGCCACUGGCGGCGAACGACUGCUGCUGCGCUGCUGAUACUACUACUAAUACUACUAAUACUACUAACUAACUAACUAACUAACUCUCGGUUCGUCGCGUGCGCUAACGGUGUAUAAACGAACAAACGUACGAAAAAUGCCAUACAUACGAAUAUUCAUACAAAAAACACACGAACACACACGAACACUGGCACAGUACCGACGACGGGCUGCAAUAUAAGCGCGCGCAUACAUAUCACGCGCGCAAAUACGCGCGUACGAGGAGGAGUAUAAAAAGCAAAGCAAAAAAAAACAAACAAACGCUUCGUUGUAACUUAUUAGACGUGAAUUGCCAAGUAUGUUUCCAAGUAAAAGAAAAUAUACCUUAUAGUUGCAUAGCUUUGAACGAGAAGGGAGAGAGAGAAAGGCGGAGGAAUAUUAAAAUAAAAGGAAAAUCAGAAAAAAAA